AUCGUUUAGAAUGGUGUAUACUAUAGUGAUUUGUGUAAUUUAAGUCUUAACGAAUCAACCGGUCGAUAGUAUUUUCUGCUGCUGAGGAUGUCAAACAUUCGUAUAAUUCAAGUCGUUUCUAUACGGCAACUGUACCAUAUAGUAGCUACUUAACAUUCACGCGUUCGAGACGUGUUCAUAUUGAAUUGUACAAGGAAAAGACAUCGAUUUGGAAGAUGUAUAAAUAUCUAUCGCUGUGCCAAGAAAGAGAGAAAUUUCGUACCCGGCUUGUUGAUAUGAUAAAGCAGAAAAGAAAGAAAGAAGAGGAAAAAGCGUUUCGCAGAAUUAAUACGUGUAUGCAAGAAAUAGAAGAAGAGGAAGAGAUGGACGAAGACAUAAUUCUAGAAAAUAAUGAUAAUGUUUUGCGAUACUACUAUUAUUUGACACAGGGUAUCGAUGAUGUUUACGUAGGAUCGAUGGACGUUGAUCUUCUAAUAAAUAUUCUAAAGCGUGUUCCAACCAAGUGGAAAGACAAAUUUAAAGAAUUGUUAAAUCGUUUAGUGAAAGAAGUGAAAGAGGAAUAUAUAUUAAGCGUGAAGAAGUCAGUCAUAGAAUUUGUUAUCGGAAACUCGGUAUAUUCUUCGUUAAAGCAGGUACGUUCUGCAUAUAGUACUUUUAAUUUACAACGUUCUUCGUAGUCUGAUAGGCAUAACAAAGAUUUAACAGUGAACGAGGGUCGUUCUGUUGCUGACUGUUAAUCGGCAGGAUCCUUUGUGAUGAAUCGAAUCUGUAUUAUUGCGGAUUCUCGAAUCUUGUUGGCUUAUAGGUGCCUUCGUUGCCUUCUCCGUUUCUAUUACCUAUCCGUAUACGUUAUAUGUAUGAUAAUUAAUAAUGUCGGGUCGCACAUUCUCUGCUAAUACGUAUAUUAAUGGAAACACAUAGAACGAGUGUACAUUUACUAAUGUCGACAUUAAUGUGUCCAUUAACGACAGGCGAUGGAAGAGGAAAAAUGAUACGAUAGAUACGAUAGAUAGAAUGAUACUUGAUAACUACUGUGAUUUCCAGUUUACUGCACUCGAAAACAAUGAACAAUUUGAAGGAAUACGACUUCCGAAAGAACACGAGGUUAAUUAUCGAUGGAACAGAGCGAGACUCGAAAGAAGAAUUAUAUUGUAUCGUCCAGUUGUACGACGGAUUUUCGAUUA